UUAUUUUUCUUUGUAAUUUUUCGCUGGUUGUUGCAGGGUUGGUGUUUUUUUGUCUUUUUUUUUUUUUUUUUUUACGGUUUACUGUUGAAAGAGACGUUGGUAACUGCUUAGGUUUACUGUAGUCAUGUCAGGAUCAGCCCCAGAGGAGCCUCAGACCUCCAUUCCUCCAAGCACAGCUAGUGUUCCAGAUCCUGCUCCCGUUGCUGUUGGACCUGGAGGCUCAAGUGACGUUUCCUUUGGUGAGCAAAAUCUUAGCUUCACCACCACAGACGUCAACCUGGUGGAGAUGAUGGAAAUUGAGUACACCCAGCUCCAGCGCAUACUUUACUCCCAUACGGAGGCACAAGGUAGUGAAGGUGAAGUGGAAGCCAGGCUCGGUGCUUUCCCUGCUCCUGCUCAUGCUGCAGAACCCCCCCUGCACCAGCCCUCGGUGAACACCAGUCAGGAGGGUUGUUCAUCUGGGAAUCAGUUGGUUCACCCGGUUGCCUCGCAGUCAGGUUUGCCUUCUGACAGCAGUUUACGGAGUUCAAACCCCCGUUUGGGCUAUGCUGACAUUCAGGAGCUCAGAAUGAUGUUGCUUAGUGAGUCUAACCUCCCUUUGAAGCAGACAGAUAAAAUGCCUAACUCUAGCUCUGUAGAAGGCCCAGGACACAGUUUAGUAAAAUUUAAACGUGAAGGUUUUGUUGGGGCGAAUAAAGGAAACAUACUUGUUGAAAACUCAGCACUGGCACCUGAGCCUAGGUGUAAAUCUGCAGUCAGAGUUCGGUUGGAAGACAGAUUCAACAGCAUCCAGACAGAAAACCCCAGAUGUCAAGAACCCCAAGAAUCUGGAGUAACUCAUAACAAUUUAGUCACAUUGAUUCGACAGCCAUCAGAACUGCUCAGUGUUCCUCUUCAUCAGCAAGACAACAAGUGUGCUGUGCUAGCAAAAAACAAGAGUGCACCUCCCACCCCAUCUUUACAGUUCACAUACCCACUGUUAACCAUGACCACGUGUUCUACUGCUGGAAGUGCCAAUCCUUUACAAGCACAGGCCUCUGGCACAUCUUGCACUAUUUUGGAAGCUGCCAAACAAGACCUUGGGAUACCCAGGACAUUAUCUUUCUGCUAUCAGGAAAUUGAUUCCACAAAGCAGACAGUGGGUGCUAUGAAUAAAGCUCUGCCUGAGGAAGUUUGGAUCAAAGUUGGAGAAGACACCUUAACCAAACAAGCCAUAAACAAGAGAAGCUGCAUCCGGGUGAGCCCGUCGGAUCCCAACGUCGAUCGGAAACCUCUUGGAGAAAUCCAGAACAUCCGUGAGGAAAUGCAGAGCUCUGCAGCUGCCCUGGGGCCCUGGCAGGCAGCACAGUCAAGUUCAAGUCUGCAGGUGCAGAGUGGCUCCCAGGAUGGGAUUGCUCAGAGAAGAGAAAGACACAACCGCCUGGAGAGAGACAGAAGGCGCAGAAUCCGGAUUUGUUGUGAUGAGCUGAAUCUCCUGGUUCCCUUCUGCACUGUUGAAACUGACAAGGCAACCACUUUACAGUGGACAACUGCAUUUCUGAAGUACAUCCAGGAGAGGCACGGUGAUUCCCUGAAACAGGAAUUUGAGACUGUGUUCUGUGGUAAAACAGGCAGGAGACUAAAAGUAGCAAGAUCAGACUCAUUUGUAAUGUUUCCAGUGCAGGAAAACUCACAUGGCUAUGGAGACCAAGUUGUCUGAACUCACCACCCUGACUUGUAGGACAACUCUGGCUCAUUAUCCAGGGCCUCAACUGCAUUGUAGUUUCUCUGUUUACAUGCCAAAUGUGAAUUGCAAACUGUAACUUGUAAAAUAUAUAUAAAUAGAGCUUUAAAGAAAACAUUGUUGAUUUAAAAUGGAAAUGAAAGUUAACUACCAGCAGUAGCAAUCAGUGCUCUGUUAAAAGAGCUUUGGGACCAGAAGCUACAUGAAAAUAU